UUCAUAAUUGAAAUAAUGGAAUUGCUAUUUUUUCUGAAAUGUAUUUUGCAGACCUUUCUUGUGUGGCAACUUCUCUUAUCAGUUAUUUUCCUUAGGAGGCGGUAUAGAGUCAAUCAAUUACUUGGAUGCUUUCUUGUUGCAGUUGGUGUAAUAAUAACUGUUGCAAGUGGAUCCAGUGCUGGUGCUUCAAUGAAAGAAGCUGGAAUUUUUUGGACACUUUUGAUGAUUACUUCAUUUAUGUUUCAAGCUGCUGAUACAGUGUUGAAGGAAAUAAUAUUCCUGGAUGCUGCCCGACAAUUAAAGGGAGGAUCGGUCGAUCUUUUUGUCGUUAACUCCUAUGGGUCUGCUUUCCAAGCACUGUUUAUAUUCCUUCUACUCCCUUUUCUAUCCAAGUUAUGGGGCAUUCCAUUCAAUCAACUGCCUACAUACCUUAAAGAUGGAGCAGCCUGCUUUCUAAAUAUAGGAUCUUUAUCCACUGGUUGUGAUGGAGCACCUUUGCUGCCUGUAUUGUUUGUAAUGGUAAACAUGGCCUUUAACAUAUCUCUAUUACACCUCCUCAAGAUCUCUUCAGCUGUGGUGUCAUGCCUUGCCUCUACUUUCUCAGUUCCCCUCUCCGUAUACGCUUUCACCCUCCCCCUUCCAUACAUUGGCGUCGCAUCCUCCCUACCUCCAGGCUUCGUAGGUGGUGUCAUUGUGCUUUUUAUUGGGCUGCUCGUGUACUGUUGGACGCCCCCAGUUAGGACCACCCCGGCAUUUGACUAAUAUAACAUCGUCAGCAAUCGAUGACCAAGAAAAAACCAAAACAAACUGCCAAUGUUUUGUUUCAGCAGAGUUUGUUUUGCCCAAUAUAUAAUUGUUGUGACUUUCAAAUAAGAGAGAGGUUUCACCUCUAGUGCAGAGAAAGCAAUUGUAAACACAAGGUUCUGGAGUCCCUCUACUUAAUGACAGGGCAAGAAAGAAGAAGGGAUUUUCCCAUGUAAAAACAUAUAACAGAUUUCCCUGGAAAUUAAAACCUUUCCUUUCCUGUUUUUUCUUUA